CCUGCUCGGAAAUCUGUUAAAAAAACUCUUUUAUUUAUUCUAAUUUCCCGCUUUUUUACAGAUCUUUCUAAUAAAAUGUUCACCUUUCCACAAGAAACAAACACAGCCCAUGUGAGGCUAAUAACAUCAAGACAAGAUCUGAGGGCUGUGACUGUCUGUUUCAGGUCUUUUACAGAACUCAGAAAGGAGCACCCCUUAUUCUCUUUGUCCUUGCGAUCUGAAGCUAAUGGUUUUCUUAUAUAUAAAAUGGACACUCCUGGUUUGUUUCACGUUUGGGUAAGAAACAAACAGACAAGCAUUGAAGAACAGGACUACAAACUGAACAGGUGGACCUCCAUUUGUGGCACAUGGGAUGCUGAAUCUGGAUUGGGACAACUGUGGGUGGAUGGAAAGCCUUCAAGUCGAAAAUACAUCAUCUCUGGAUCCAACAUCAACGAGCCAAUGAUAAUCGUUUUAGGACAGGUAUGAGGUCACGUACCACAAACUGGUUGACUUUAAAUCUUUUUAAGAGAUAAAUGUGAUCAGUAUUAGCAACAUGGCAUUUACUUCUCGUGUGUGUGUGUGUGUGUGUGUGUGUGUGUGUGUGUGUGUGUGUGUGUGUGUGUGU